AUGAGAAGAAGAUUAUUGAAAUUUUAUAAAUUGAAAAAAAAAAAUGAAGAAACGAAAGAAAAUAUAUUUGAUCAAGACAAAAAAUAUUCAGUCUUUGAUUAUAUUGAAAGCAAGUUAACAAAUAAUAGCUCUAUGUUUGUAGAUAAGGUUAUUCAAAAUGAUGAUAAAAUCAAAAUAGAUCCAAUUAGUAAUAUGGCUAAUACUGAGGAAUUGCUAUUAUGUAACGAAGAAAAAAAAAGCAACAUAUUAAAUGAUAAAGUUGGCAUAAAUGAAAUUCCCGAAAAUUCCAGUGACUUAUUUGAAAAGUAUAAAGAUAUAGAUGAGAAUAUAAGCGAGGGUGAAAGGAAAGAGAAUAGAGAAAAUGAUAAUUUAAAGGAAGAUGAAAAAAAAAAAAAAAAAAAAAAAUUAAAAAAAUUAAAAAAAAAUAUGCAUAUAGGAAAAUAUCAUAGAAAAGUAUUUACAUAUAAAAAAAAAAUACCAGUAGAUAAUGUCCAUGAAUAUGUUGAAAAUAAACAACUGAAAGACAAAUAUAUAUUAAAAAAAGAUACCCUCAAAAAUGUUUUUGUAAAUAGACCCCUUUUUAAUUUUUAUAAUUUUUAUAACUUUUUCCAAAUAGAUCAUAUAGAAAAAUAUAAUAAAUCAAAAAUAUUAAAUUUAAUAUAUUAUUAUAUUUAUAAAUAUAAAAAUAAUGUAGGAAGUGAAAUAAAAUAUGAUCAUUUAAACGAAGAUGAUAUAAAGAAAUUUGAAGGAAUUUCCGAUGAUAAAAAAAAAAUGAUGCAUUAUCUAGAAUUUUAUAUUAACAUGAAUAAUAAUAAAUAUCAAUACAUAAAUAUUGAUAAAAAUUACACUUUAAAAAAAAAAAAAACGGAUGCAUUUACUGUUAGUAAUAUAAAUAAAGUUGAUUCUCUUCAUAUACACAACUACAAGAUAGUAUGGACUAUUAGAAAUGUUAAAGAGAAAUUAUUUUGGAGAUAUAGGGAAAUGGGAAAUAUCCCACUUACUACUUCCGCCUUCUCAUUUGCAGGAAAAAAAUCGUUCAAAUUAAAAAUUUGGCUAGACGGGCAUAAAUCCGCAAAAAAAAACUAUGUAAGUAUUGGGCUAAAGCAAUUGGAAAAUUAUGGCGCACUAGAUGAAUAUAUAUGUUUUUCACUCAACGGAAUAACCCGAGGACCUUUUACAUAUUUAUCAAAAGAAUAUUAUCAAAAUACAUAUAAUUUCUGUAAAUUUGAUAAUUUGGACUUAAAAAAUGAUGAAUUACAGUUAAGUUUAUUUGUUUAUGAUAGCAUUUUUUAA